AUGAGAUACAUAGUAGAAACCCAAGGUUUACCCCCUUCUGAUAUGUUAAAAAAUGCUGGAAAAUGCAACACAUUUUUUGUACGUGAUCAUUAUCGAUGUGAUUGGCGGUUAAAGACUCCGGAAGAAUAUGCUUCUGAAACUGGUCAGCAAGCUAAAGAGGCUAGGAAAUAUUUCUUCAAUUCUCUAAAUCAAAUCCGUGAUGUAAAUGGACAUUCUGCGUCUGAUGAAUUAGACCUUGAUAUCGUCGAUCGCCAGCAAUUUACCUAUCUUUUAACGGAGAUGCUAAAAAUGCGUCCAUGUGAUCGAAUAACACCUGAUGUGGCCCUUCAACAUUCGUUCGUAACUAUGACUCACCUUCACUGUCAGCCUUUCGCUAAACGAACCCAAGAAUCUCUCACACUGAUGCAGGUUUGUCAUAGUAACGCACGUAGGCAGCAUGCAACUGAUUUUAAUUCCAAUUCGAAAUGUAUGUCUUUACCACAGAAGGUUGUUAGCACUUUCCCGGAAACUCUUCAUUAUGUUACUUCGAAUAUUAUUGAUACUCGAACUGCAUUGUCUACACAAAUUAACAGCCACCCAUAUCAUCAGGCCAAUCACUCAUCUAACUGUCGGGCUGAUGCUAGAGCUGCAUACUAUGCCGCAGCAGCAGCAGCAGCGGCUGCGUUUUCGGCGAAAUCAACUUCACAGCUCAUCCCAAUUCCUAAUAGUAAUUCAUCCAGCUUCCCGUGCUUGCAUCAGUACUCUUCACUGAAUGCUAUCAAUGAAACUAAUCAUGUGUCUCUUCCUGCGACAGAAUCUGGGAAUGUAUGCCCAGUCAUUGAAUGUACUCCUGCAACUAUAAUUAUUUCUCAAAACAAAUCUGAGGUUUGUGCGAGACCGAGUCAAGUAACUGCUGAUAGUUUACCGGCAACAUAUGCUUCUCCAAUGCAACGUUCUCUUUCGUUCUACGACUUGGUAACUGCUGGUGGUGCUGGUAGUGCAUUAUCCCUACUAAAUGCUGUCACCGCACCUGCGCCAUCACCAUUUUUAAUUAGUAGCUCCAUUCCAGCUCCAAGAGUGCAGCCACUGAGUUGUGUCUCGACAAACUCUUCGCAAACAAACCAUAUCCGACAAAUGCUACACCAUCCUCUCCACUCUGUUUAUAUUCAACCUGAACUCAGCAGGUUAUCUGAAGGUGACAAUUCAUUUAUGCUGGAUAUUGUAGGUCGAGAAAAAGGUAAUGGGGCUUGUACUGCUCGUCAAGAGUCCAUUGAUGUGACGUGUAAACCGAAUACUGGUUUAUGUGAUACUCUGUGUGCUUUAGUAAAUCAGCAACAUUUAUAUCAAUAUCCCGCAACUGCUGUUGCAGCCUUAGCUGUGGCUCAUCACCAGCAAAAUUUCAACAAUAAUCAAAAACAUCCCUCUACUUUAUUUAAGUCCACCCGCAGCAGUGGAUCUGAGUUUGUUAACAAUGUCUCCAGAAGAUGUAGUGAGUGUCAUGGAGCUUGUCCAUCACAUUUAGUCAAAGGUCCGUUGAUCAAUUCGAGAAUCAAUGAGAUAGUUCGACCGGACCUUAAUUGUUCUCGUGCUCCAACGUAUGAAGUUCAUGGAUCGGUAACACAACAAUCUCUGUCACGCCAGGACUCUACUUCAUUUCAUUAUCAGGAUCAACAACCUCACAUAGUCAACCAUAGCGAUGUCCACAAACAUUCUGUUGCUCAAGUCCAACCGAACAAUCCUUUUGUGAACGAUACAGAUUGCAUGCCUAUGAAUUUAGUAACAAACAACUCAGAACCAGUUGUAAAUAAUGCUGUCAAUUUGUCAAUGCUUCCUCCAAGUUCUUCGUAUAACUCCAAUCGCAUGAAACGUCAGUCUGUCGCUAUAAAUUCUAGUUCUGAGAAUGUAGAUAGGAUUUCUCAUAGUUUAGUUCAACAUGAUACAUUUAGCUGUCCUUCAGAAAUUAUAUCAAAUCCUAAUGCUAUCAAAUCGGAUUGCGGAUUUCCGGGGGCGUACAAGUCAACCUUCGAUUUGAUGUGCCAACAGCGUUCCGAUAAAAAAAUACCAGUUGGUCGCGUUCAACCGAUGAUAAAACAAGAGGAUUCAAGUCAUUUACAUUCCUCCAGUCGACCUAUAUCAUCACCUGUCAACUAUAUACCACCUAGUCGAGAGUCUGUUGUCUGGGGAUCAAAUCCAAGUUUGUUUGUAUUUACGUCACCUUUCCAUCAACAGUCGGUGAAUACUAAUUCCAUUCCUCAAAAGUUAUGUAAUCAUUUCACUAAUGAUAUAUUUCCAUAUAAUACUCAGCAACCAAUAGAAUAUAUAUCUAAUCGUAGAAGUGUACGUAAAAAUCCUCAGUUAUCCAUUACAAGGGAUGAUCAGCAUGUUGUACAAUCAAAUAACCAAUUAUCGGCUGCUCAUGCGGCCGCUGCAGCCUAUCAUAAUUUAAUGUUUUUUCAGUUACAACAACAACAAUUGCAACAACAAACUCAACAACAACUUCAACAUAGUCUUAUCACUGGAAUUCCUACUGUCUGCCAAACUAAUAUGCCUGAUCAUUGUAAUGAGACAUACCAGCAUUCUCAGAGAGUGCUAUCUGGCAGUUGGAAUACUGGUUGCCGUGAUUUUGUUGAACAUUCGUCGGGUGCUGUUUAAUAAUUUCAAGAGAUCACUUCCUACGUACACAUACGGAGAUAGAGUUGCAUAUGCGUUUAUUAUCAUUAAAACGAGUCAUCUUUGGAUACAGAUAUUUUUCUCUGGUAUGUAGCUCUAUAAAAGUUGUGGUUUUUUCCAUACCAUCACACAAUUAUUGCUUCCACUCACGUAGUCAUUAUAUAUAUAUAUUUCUCUACCUCUGUCUUACUAAUUUUUUUUAGUCUGGUUGGUUUCUUCUUAUCUUUAUCUUUAUUUAUAUUUGUCUGGUGUUAGUUCGUAUUGCUUAAUCCUUGCACAGCAUUCCCUUAAAUUUGCUCAUUCUAAACUACAGUAAUUAGUUUGUGUGAUCUUGUUUUCUCUAUUUUUUUGCACAUGUAAAUUUAGAGUCAGAACUUUUAUUUAAUUUAUGGAUUAUUUAGUCUGUCCCACUUGUAUAUAUACAUAUUGGAUACUUAGUUUCAGAUGAAUGAAUGUUGACUGUAAAUGUUUAGUAAUGGUACUUAGUUUCUUUUUGUGUGUUUGUGAACGGAAAUUGUCUCAUCUCUCUCUCU